CAUGAACGCCCACAGCCCCUGCUGCAGAUGAAACUUGAAGAAGAGGCUGCAGAGGGUUAGCAGUUAAACUUUAUCUCAUCCAGACUCAGCAAAUCCCCUCCGAGCUAAACUCCAGAAGCAGGACGGACCAUAAAACACCACAAAGAUGCUGCCGCUGCUGCUGCUCAUCAUCGCUUUACACAGUCACAUGUGUCUGUCAGUGACAGUAAGCACCAGUAAGCCCAAAGUGGAGAUCCAUGAGCACACAGACGCCGUGUUGUCCUGUGAGUUCAAGACAGAAAAAGAUCAGAACCCUCGAGUUGAGUGGAAAAAGAAAGGAAAAGGAGUGACUUUUGUUUAUUUUGACAAGAAAUUUGCAAAGUCCUACGCAGGACGGGCUAAGAUUGAGGGAGCGACGCUGACGAUACACUCAGUCACCCAGAAAGACUCGGGGGAAUAUCGCUGUGAGGUAACCGCCAGUGAAGACCACGUUAACCUCGGAGAGGCCACUGUGACCCUCAAUGUGCUCGUGCCUCCUCACGUCCCGUCAUGCGAGGUGCCGAGCUCGGUGUUUGUUGGCACCGGCCUCGAUCUGUUCUGUAAGGACAAGCUCAGCGUGCCUCCGGCCACCUACCGCUGGUACAAAGACAACAAGGCUCUGACCGCCACGGGAGACGCUCCGUACAGCAUCGACACAAACAAGGGAACAUUGAAGUUCAAGAGCGUGUCCAAAGAAGAUACAGGGAUGUAUCGCUGUGAGUCCUCCAACAGUGUGGGGGCGCCAAAGAGUUGUGUAGCCAAGCAGCUCACAGUUGUUGAAUAUCCGUGGAAUAUGACAAUGUUGAUAGCAGGUGCGUCAGGAUUUGUGACGCUGAUCCUUUUCUGCUGUAUCUGCAUCUGUAUCUGCCACCGUAGAGGCUGCUGCAAGAAAAGCAGGAAGACAAAAAACUCUAAGUCCUACAACCCUCCCCCGCCUCCUCCCACCCGCAACCUCAAGCACUACAAACAAACUCAGUCCUUCAUGAUCUGAGGGGACGACAACGAUUUUGUCAAAUAACCAAAGUGAACAGCAGGAACACUCGGAGGCUCUGCUGCAGGCGGAGAAAUCUUCAGCUUUCAGGCGAAGCAGAUGUUUCCUUCCUGGGUUGUGGAUUCUAUCCAGUGGAAGUCCCGAUGAUACAAAGCCAAGUGUACAGCUUCAUUACUUUUUCAUAUCCUGUAUGAUAUUUGUCAUGUAAUGUUUUCCACUUCUUGUUUUGAGAGCAGAUGUUAAGCUCUUUAAGCCACUCAUAAGUCAGUGUAUAUCUUAUUUUUGGUAAAACUAUAUAUAUAUUUGGUUAUAAAUGCUUCAUGUUGGUUUUGGUUGACUUAGAUAUGGAAUAUUUAAUGUUUCUAGUCUUUUUUCUAGCAUUUAAUUGAGCUGUUUGAUGAGCUGAUGCUGUUUUCCUUGUAAACAUUUUUUUAAAAUAAUUGAACAGGUGUCUGCACACACUGAACAGUGUUUUAGAAGUUUAAAAAUCUUUCUUACUUAUAUUUUUGAGAAAUCUUAGCUUAUACUCAAUAAAGACUGCUGGGUAAAUAUGCAUAUUGGGUUUAAUGGUGCUCAGUAAGGCUGGAUUAGACAAAGUGUAAUGCAUACGACAUCAUGCUCCGCAUCGGCACCUUGCAUCAGUUAGUGUAAUAAAUCUGAUUCAGAUUUAUUUGUAUCCCAAAUGGGCAAUGAUGUUACAGCAGGUAUGCAAACUAGAAGACAAAGUAUCAAAGAUUAAAAAGUAAAAAACAACAAAACAUGCCAAAAGGACAUGAAAUACAAAUCAAUACAUAAUGGGAAGAGAACAGCAAUGUAUUUCAUUAUUGACCGACAGUUGCUACAAACACUAAAGCAGGUGCAACCUUGUCCUGCAUUAAAAAGAGAAAUUGCUGUAGGAACAAAAGAGAGCUUGUACCUGUUACUUUUUAUAUUGAGCCUGAUGCCAAAAGGCAGAAACUGGAACUCAGCAUGUAAAGGAUGAGAAGUAUCUGCAAUAAUGUCUUUAGUUUUCCUAAUGAUUUGUUUUUUUACACAGUUCUGCAAGUGAGAAUUGUUCAACCCCUAAGAUCUUAUUGCUAGUAUGUAUUACUCUGCUAAGGGCGUUUUUUGGUCUAAUACUGAGAUUCCCAAACCAACAGGGCAGGGAAAAAGUCAACACAGAUUCAAUAUAUGAUCUAUAAAAUAGGAUCAUCAAUGACUUAUCAACUUGAAACUUUGUGAGCCUAAUUAGACAAAAUAAUCUUUGCUGGCCCUUUUUUGUAGGUUUUCUGAAGGGCAGGAACAUUUUAACUUAUUAACCAAAAUAGACCCAAGAUAUUUGCAGUUCUCUACUGUCUCCACUGUCUGACCUUUAAUUACUGUACAAAUACUGAUGUUUUUUCCCCAUUUAGACCAAAGAUGAAACUCACUUGGUUGGUGGAGGUACAAAAAUUGCUCACAUAUGUAGGGAAGCUAAACAGAUGUGAGAAAGUCAGAGGAACAUUCUAGAUGUUAUACUAAAGGCACCGAGUACUAAUAACACAUUACAAUCAUGCUUUCCUUUACACUAGUUUUUUUUUCAAAUAUGCCGUGAUCUGGUGACUCUCAAAUAAUCUUGGAAAGCCUGAAUAAUGCAGGGCUGUGUGAAACUGCAGCCUAACUCACACACAUUUUUGCCAUAUUGUGCCUCUUCUUAAUUUUAUAUGAAUAAAUGUGAGAUAAACUCUG